CCAUCUUGGCCGCAUCGGUGUCCUAUCCUGAGCGUUUGAACGCCGCCAUUACAUAUUUUUAUAGAGUUUUUGUCUAUUGAUAUUGUUCGAGCUCGUCUUUCCCCGCUUCUUCUGGCUUUCCCCGCCGCUAUCUGCAUCCAUUGCGGCACCGCCGUUGCACUUGACUACUUUAACUUUGCUCUUAUUUUUAGAUCGUACACCUAUUCCAACCCUUUGCUACAUGAGACUCCCUCCAUAGACUUCCUCUGGCUAUCAUGAGCCCCAUUGUCCGACGCAUCAUUGUACUGUUCGUCUCCACGACAUUCUUCAUCCUCGCCUUUCGCCAACUAGGCGCUCGAAACGGACUCCCCUCGCCCACCUUUACCUCUUCAAAUCGCAUCACAAACCCCGUAGAAUGGAAGAACGUCCCCUUGCGACAUCCAGUCGCCUCGCUGGCGCCGUGGCCGACAGGCUCGCCUGCUGCCAUCCCCAGGAUACAACAUGAGUUUGGAAUUGAGACGGAGCAUAACAAGGCAGAGAGAAAGCAGAGACAGGCGGCGGUAAAGAAGGCCUUUUUGCAUUCGUGGCGGGGCUACAAGCAGCAGGCAUGGUUGCAGGAUGAAGUGACUCCGGUGACAGGAGGCUUCAAAAAUGGCUUUGGACAGCGUGCAGCGACCCUGGUGGAUGCGUUGGAUACACUGCACAUCAUGGGGCUAGACGAAGAGUUUGAGGAGGCAGUCCAUGCAGUCAAGAAGAUUGACUUCACCACUACGGCUGUCCAGCGGCUGAAUGUGUUUGAAACAACCAUUCGCUAUCUCGGCGGUCUGCUCAGCGCCUACGAUUUGAGCAAAGGGAAACAUUCUACAUUGCUGCAUAAAGCAGUCGAGCUAGGCGAUAUGCUGUACGCCGCGUUCGACACGCCGAACAGGAUGCCUGUGACACGGUGGGACUGGGAAAACGCUGCCCUGAGUGGCCACCAAGAAGCCGAUGCGCAGGCGCUCAGUGCGGAGAUUGGAUCGCUGACUCUGGAGUUUACCCGUCUCUCGCAGAUUACAGGCGACCUCAAAUAUCACGAUGCAGUACAACGCAUCGCGAAUCUUCUGGAGAAACACCAGAGUCGGACCAAGAUACCUGGUCUCUUUCCUAUCCUUGUCAGUCCUUUCCGUGAGGAGUUUGACACUCAUGGCUCCUUUACUAUGGGAGGCAUGACGGACUCGCUGUAUGAGUACUUGCCCAAGCAGCACUUGCUUCUCGGGGGAGCAACGGAUCAGUAUCGAAAGAUGUACGAAAACGCCAUUGAGCCAGCCAAGAAGCAUUUGUUCUUCCGCGCCAUGGUGCCUCACAAUCAGAACAUUCUGAUUCCAGGAAACGCGCGAAUUAGUGCUGCGGGCUCGAUCAAGCUCGAGCCUGACGGUCAGCAUCUAGCAUGCUUUGCGGGCGGCAUGGUUGGUCUUGGUGCCAAGAUCUUCAAUCGCACUGAAGACAUGGAUGUCGCCCGAAAACUGGUAGAUGGCUGUACCUGGGCGUACGAAGCCAUGCCGACAGGCAUCAUGCCCGAGACAUUCAGCCUAGUGCCGUGUGUCAACGAUGAAGACUGCGCUUGGGACGUUUCAAGAUGGCAUGGCGCUGUUAAACGCGCAUAUUCUGGUGCUCUGCAUGCACAGCAUUACGAUGUUCAGGACGUGAUCAAGGAAGAGGGGCUCCAACCUGGGUUCUCAAGGAUUGAAGAUCCCCGGUUUUUGCUACGACCGGAGGCCAUCGAGUCGGUUUUCAUCCUCUACCGCAUUACCGGCGACACUGCGCUGCAAGAUACUGCCUGGCGCAUGUUUGAGUCCAUUGAGAACGCUACCAUGGCAGAGUUUGCCCACUCGGCUAUUGCUGACGUGACUGUGCCCAAGGGACAGGGUCCACUUAAGUUAGAUGAGUGUGAGAGUUUCUGGAUGGCGGAGACACUCAAGUAUUUCUAUUUGAUUUUUAGCGAGCCGAGUCUUGUCAGCUUGGAUGAUUACGUCUUUAACACUGAGGCCCAUCCGCUACGCCGGCCAAAACAGACUUGAUGGCCUGGAUAUUUUUAGUGGAUAUUCUACGAUAUCAAGGAAAUCUAGCAAAUGUACAUGUGUAUAUAUGAUUAUGGGAGUGCGGACACAUUUUGUUUUGCCUCUUAGCAGUAUAUCUGGAAAAUACAUCUGAGAAGAAUUGGGCGAACGCUAUAGUCGAAAUUUCAUAUAGACAUAGACUAUCGCCUGUUUGCCUCGCCGUUUCACAAUACACAGAAAUGCAUG